UUAUAUAUAGCCCUUCCUAUUCUUUUCUUUUGCUUGAAUCCACCAAAAACCAUCCUCAACUAUGCUGCCAUUGGUUAACGAAAUAUGCCUGUGCUUUUGUUUUUUUGGUUGUUACAUAACCUUCCCACAUUUCCUUCUGCAUAAAAAGCAGUGUGGCAGAGAGAAGUUUAACUUUAGGAGCGCAGAUGAUGUGCACUUUGGAAAAGGAUAAGCCUUGUUGUUGAAACUUUUUUUUUUGACAGACAAGAUGAAGAAGUUGAUCCUUGACGUGGACACAGGGGUGGAUGACGCUCAGGCCAUCAUGAUGGCCCUUGCAGCCCCCAAUGUGGAGAUCCUGGGGAUCACCUGCUGCCAUGGCAACACAGUACUAGACAAUGCCUGCAAGAACACACUCCGUGUCCUGAAAACCUGCAACAGGCUGGAUAUCCCAGUGUACCGUGGCUGUGCAGAACCUCUGCUGGCUCGAAAACUCCACGCUGGAGAUUUCCACGGGAAGGAUGGGCUGGGCGACGUCCCGGAUCCAAGCGCUCCGGGCCUGGAGCUGCUGCAGGAUCAAAAAGCUGUGCAGGCCAUGAUCCAGAUUGUGAAAGAGAACCCUGGAGAGGUGAGUCUGGUUGCCACGGCGCCCCUCACUAACCUGGCUGUUGCAGCACAACUGGACCCUUCCUUCCCUAGGAAGCUGAAGGCGCUCUACAUCAUGGGAGGAAACACUGAAUCCAGGGGUAACACCACAGUGUGUGGGGAGUUUAACUUUGUGGCGGACCCUGAGGCUGCCUACAUUGUGUUGGACCGCUACACCUGUCCCACCUACAUCGCCACCUGGGAGUUCAGCUGCAGGAACAGCCUGCCGUGGUCUUUCUGUGACACCUGGCUGGCCCAAGACACUGACAAGGCUCGUUUCAUGGAGAGGAUUUCCCACCACACCAGGAAGAUGGUCCAGACCGAGCGGUACCAGAAGGAGCUGGUGGCAGGACCUGGGUUCAACUCCUGUGACACCUACGCUGUGGCUGCAGCCAUCGAUGACGCGCUUGUGACGGAGAGUGAACAGGUUGCAGUGAUUGUGGAGUUGGAGGGGACUCACACCCGAGGCAUGAUGGUCUUGGACUACAUGGGCCUGCUCAACAAGACACAUAAGGCCUCCAUCAUGAAGAAAGUGGACUUGGAGAGGUUCAAACAAAUGUUAAUGGAUACACUGAAAUAACAGGAUGUCUUUACAGGUCGCACCGCUCCUUUAGAAUAACAUACAAUAAUAGUUUUCAGGCAGAUGGAUUUGAGGAAUGGUACAAGUGUAUUUUUUUUUAGCUUCAUGCUGCUCUGACUUAAAAUAUACUACCUCACCAGAAUGUGCCAAUACAAAUCUAUUCUACAGCAUUAUAGGCAAAUAUCAGUGGGAGCAUUAGUAUAUAUUUCCCCUACAUGUCUUGGACUAGCACUAUGACAAGUAGAUGCAUUUAAAUGCUUUUCAGUGUCUGUGUAUGAGUUUAACCUGAUGAUUCUGUAACCCAUAAUGCACUCUGGGCUGUGGGUAAUAAACAGACUGAGUUUAAUCAUGAAUAAGGGAAUAAAAAUGUCUCUGAUCAA